UCUCCGACUCCCCGAUGUAGCUUCCUCGCUCUGACUCUUCCCUCCUCGACCUCACGGUGUACCUUUGCACCCACGUCGCCUCCACGGGACAGUGAGCGUGCUGAGAACAGGAAGCUUGCUUUUUUUCCUCUUUGGGUUUCUUCCAUGCCCCGCACACAGUAGGCACACACUGAUGAGCAGUGUAGUGAGUGGAUCAGUCAGCCUGUUCUCAGCAACACUUUGCAUUCAGGACAAGUGUCUGCUCCCAUGCCUCUCCUUGCUGCCCUCCUACGUGGUCAUCUGACUUCUCUCACCCAACAGCCUGAAUCAGGCUUCCCUGGCUCCUCACUGGCCUGCCGCCCCGGGACCGCCCGGGAGGAAACCAACUUGGGUACUCGGCAUCUUGCGGGGCUCCUCAGCUGCGUGUCAGGACAGUUCCCCUCAGGAGAGCUCCAGAUUUUACCAAAAAGAGAAAUAUUCCCUUUUCUCUUCAAAAUGAAAAUGGACUUGGAGAUCAGUGAACCAAUAGACUUUAGUUCUGGAGAUCAUCACCAUCUGGUUCGGAAAGCAGCAGAUAGUAACGUCCAGAUCAAGUCUGGUCAGUCCUACACAACUUCGCCUUCUGAGCCACAAAAAACUCGCGGGAAUCCACAUUCAAAGAUGAAAGAGCGAGCGGAUAGCUAUGUGGUACAAAUUUCAGAUGAGACCACCCCAAAUGACAGCAAUAAUUUAGCCAAUCCAUUCUCAGAUUCAUCGGUCCGCAAAGCUUUCAUUAUCAAAGUGUUCCUGAUCCUGUCAGCUCAGCUGGUGGCCACUGGGGCAAUUGUCAGCCUGUUUCUUUUCUGGAAGAGUUUAAAAUCUUGGGUGCUCACGAAUGCCUGGUUCACCUAUGCAAUCUUGCCGGCAUUUUUUGUUGUACUGAUUGUACUUGCUUGCUGCGGGAAACUCCGCCGCCAGGUGCCUGCGAAUUACAUUCUCCUGGGAUUAUUUACGGUUCUUCAAGGUCUGCUGCUCGGAGCCGUAUCAGUUUUCUAUAACGCUGAGGAAGUGUUAUGGGCAACAGCUGCAACCGCUGUGGUGACGUUAGCCCUCACUCUGUUUGCUCUUCAAACAAAAUGGGAUUUCACCAUGCUCAAUGGAAUGCUGUUUGUUUUACUCUUCGUACUUAUUAUCUAUGGAAUUCUCUUACUCUUCAUACGAUCAUAUUGGUUGCAUCUGUUGUAUGCUGGCCUUGGAACUAUAAUCUUCUCACUUUACUUGGUGAUGGAUGUACAGCUCAUGGUGGGAGGGCGCCACCAUCACUCUGAUCUGGACCCUGAAGAGUACGUUUUUGCUGCCCUGAACAUCUACUUGGAUAUCAUCAACCUCUUCCUUUUUAUUUUGCAACUGAUUGGACUGGGACGGUUGUCAUAGGGCCAAGACUGGUUCAUGUUGAAAAGAGGGAAGGAGGGAUGGCUGUGACAUGUUGCCUGGCUCAGACAUGUGGGGGUUACCUCACUUCAUUAGCCUUUUAAUACAAAAAAAUAUUUAAAAAUACUUUUUUUUUUUUUUGUCAAACGAAACCAAGCAUUCAGUAGAUGAUAGCUGUAGCUAUGAUAUUUUUAGUUCCAUUGUCACAUUGCAAAACUUUCUGGGGGACACUUCUGAUUUUCAUAAAUUCAAAAGAUGAGUAUCAUUUUUACACACUAAUAAACAUUGGCAAGAUGUCCAUAACACUGUUGAAGUGUUCCAGGCAGUCUUUAAAGCUGUGAACAACAUCUCUGUACAUGAAUAAAUUUGAUUACAGAAACCUAUAUUUACCCGUUCUCUUUUCUUGGACAUUCUGUGGAC